AGUAAAGUCCUUAUUUAAAUACAUACUAGACAACUACGUGGUGAGGAGGAUGGAGCCGGUGUGCGGGAAAGUGGGGUCGGGCUCUCUAGUCGCCGGCGGGGGAACCGGCGGCGUGAGCGGUGCGAAUGCGCCCAAACAUCUGUGGCGGCAGCAGAACCAGCCUGCGCUCUCCCCGCUCCACCACCACCACGCGCUGGUAGUGCGCAAGAACGACCGCGUGAGACAAAGAGGCUUUUCGGACACCGAGAGAUAUCUCAACCCGAGGAACAUGGAUCGGACUUACGCCGUGGACACCGGGCAUCGACCCGGGCUGAAGAAAUCUAGGAUGUCGUGGCCGUCGUCCUUUCAAGGUCUUCGACGGUAAGGGCAAAAAGGG